GGCAUUUCUGUUUUCACCUUAUAAAGAUGGCGGUGCGGGAUCACUGCAACCUUUAGACUAAUGACUGUCCGAAACAUCGCCUCCAUCUGUAAUAUGGGCACCAAUGCCUCUGCUCUGGAAAAAGACAUUGGUCCAGAGCAGUUUCCAAUCAAUGAACACUACUUUGGAUUGGUCAACUUUGGGAACACAUGCUACUGUAACUCUGUCCUUCAAGCAUUGUACUUCUGUCGGCCAUUUCGAGAAAAUGUAUUGGCGUACAAGGCCCAGCAAAAAAAGAAGGAAAAUCUGUUGACUUGCCUGGCAGACCUUUUUCAUAGUAUUGCUACUCAGAAGAAAAAAGUUGGCGUGAUUCCACCAAAGAAGUUCAUUUCAAGGUUAAGAAAGGAGAAUGAUCUCUUUGACAACUACAUGCAGCAGGAUGCCCAUGAGUUUUUAAAUUAUUUGCUAAACACUAUUGCAGACAUCCUGCAGGAGGAGAAAAAGCAGGAAAAACAAAAUGGGAAGUUAAAAAAUGGCAACAUGAAUGAACCUGUGGAGAACAAUAAGCCAGAACUCACUUGGGUACAUGAAAUCUUUCAGGGAACAUUGACCAAUGAAACCCGAUGCUUGAACUGUGAAACUGUUAGUAGCAAAGAUGAAGAUUUUCUUGACCUUUCUGUUGACGUGGAACAGAACACAUCAAUCACACACUGUCUAAGAGACUUCAGUAACACUGAGACACUAUGUAGUGAACAGAAAUACUACUGUGAAACUUGCUGCAGUAAACAGGAGGCCCAGAAAAGGAUGAGAGUAAAAAAGCUUCCGAUGAUCCUAGCAUUACAUCUUAAGAGGUUCAAAUAUAUGGAACAACUCCACAGAUAUACCAAGCUCUCCUACCGUGUGGUCUUCCCGCUGGAGCUCCGUCUGUUCAAUACAUCCAGUGACGCAGUGAACCUGGACCGCAUGUAUGACUUGGUGGCUGUAGUAGUCCACUGUGGCAGUGGACCUAAUCGUGGGCAUUAUAUUACCAUUGUGAAGAGUCAUGGCUUCUGGCUUUUAUUUGAUGAUGACAUUGUAGAGAAAAUAGAUGCUCAAGCUAUCGAAGAAUUCUAUGGUCUGACAUCAGAUAUAUCAAAAAAUUCGGAGUCAGGAUAUAUUUUAUUCUAUCAAUCAAGAGAAUGAUGUGAAGAACUGCAGAACUGCUUCAAGUGGGAGAAUGGCAUAGUGCCCACUCUGACUGGCUUCUCCACAGAUCAAUCACCUUCCUUUUAAUGGCCCGCCAUCGACACCCUGAGCCUGAAUGGUCUAAUGGUGUUAGGCUGUUGCCCCCUUCCCCCCGUCCCCCCAUCCUCCCGCCAUUUUGAUAUGCAGCACUUUUGGUUUUCUUUCAGUCCGAGGUAGAAUUCAAUGUUAUCCAGUUGUAGUCAGAUUUACAUGAAUAACAUUUACAGAUUUUUAGGAUUGAGUACACACUAUGCCAUCCGCUGCCUCCCAGUGAACUAGAGUAAUGUUUUCUACAAAUGGCCGUGUUCUCUUUUGGGGCUUUUUACUGAACUUUGUAAAUGGCUUCAGGGGCCAACUUACGAUGCAUUCCUCUUAAUGGUGUAAGUCAGAGGCUCUGUGGCUCUCCAUUUCUAGCUCCUAAGCCAAGUUUUCAAUAGAGUAGGCUUAAAGAACUGGAUGGAUUUCAUGCCCUUCGGGGCUGAAAACCAUAAUUUUAAGUUGAAAAACUUUUAGAAGUGAGUAACCUCAGUACUAAAAAUAGCCUCAAAGGAGGGGAGAGGGGUAGAGAGCUUCUUAUGGUGACAUUAGUGUUAGCCCUUUGGGCCUUGGAACCAACUGUCAAAGUUCAAGGGCCUAACAAGGUAUGGCAUUAAGGGUAGGUGAAAGAAAGGAAGAAACAGGAGAGAAUUUUUUGGACAGAGAUCCAUAGCUUAAAAAUGUACUUCAAGGAGUUUCAGUAUCAUCAACAUUUUCUCUUAUCAGGCCCUGUGGGUAGGAAAUAGCCCUAUUCAUCUUUUCAGGGUAACUUUAGCUGAUCCUUGAAUACUUCCUACAAUAGUAGGGAUUAAAGAAAAAGACACCUGACUCCAGUCCCCCCCAAAUCAUUUAGUACCCGCACUGCCCUUAUAUCAUGGGACUAAACAGGAAAUCAUAUUUUUACAGCUAUCCAGCCACAUUAUGUGACUGUUAGUAAUUUUUAUUUUUCAGUUAGUUUACUGAGGACCUGGCAAGUGUCAGGGCUAAUAAAGAACUGUUCCCUAGGGGGAAUACUGGAAAUAUCCAAGUAGGAAGGAGGCAAAGUCCAAGGAAGUGGAAGGAGGGCAAGUAGGAGGAGGAAAAGUGGACUAAGUGACAGACAUUUUCUUGGGUUCAAUCAGCCCGCAGGCUGUUAGACAAGACAGAUUUCCAAGGAAGAAUCUCAUCUCACAUAUUUACUUUUACUUAUUUUCAUUUUUUUUUAAUGUAUAUUUAUUAGACAGUUCAGUACUUUUCAUUAAAAGGGUCAACUGCCUUUCUGUCCUUAGCUGGUUUUGUCUUUUCCUUUUCUCUCCAUCCCUUCCCUUCCUCUCCUCCCCCAACCCUCUUAGCAAAGUUUGUUUGAAAUUCUCAUUUUGGAUUUCUGCUUCUGUUGAGGAAGUCAGUUAACUUCUCGAUGUUAUAAUCUACUGUGAAUGUGAUAUUAUUUUGUACCUUAUGAUCCAUGAAUUUAUAAGCCUUUGGUAUGAUGUGGUUUGAAAUGGAAUGGGAAAGGUGAACCACCAUUUUGUAUCAUAAGGAAUAUAGCACUUUAACCAGAGAGAAACUGGAUUUCUUAUCUUUGAAAUACCUUGAACUCUUUAUUACUCAGAAAGUGACUCAUUAGUCCCACAUGCUUCAUUUUGUCAUGCUAAAGGGGAAAUGUUCAACUUUCCGUCCGAAGACCAAAACGGGGUGAUUCCCUUCCCCCUUCCCACUUUCUUGGUGAGAGUAUAAAAUGCCUUACCUUGUUUAGAGGCGAAUUCCUAUUUUUGAAUAUUCAUUAUUUUUUUUUCCCCCAUUAAAGUUAUACAGCAAACACUUGCUUAGCAGGUGAAUCUUGGGCUCUGGUUGUGAAUGAGUGCACUUUCCAGACUGAAGAUGAAGAAAGAAUGUCUAUGUUUAUUGUACCCCAGAUCCUUGGCUAUAGGUUGCAAAGCUCAAGAAAUGUAUAGCGAACCUUACACAAUCAGAGUUGGGAGACUGAAUGAUAACUUUGGGGAGAGAAGUUGUUAAAAUUAUUUUAAAAUAGAUUUUUGGAAAGAAAUGUCCAUUUUGCUAGGAAGAGGUUUAUAAACUGUUAAGGAAUUAAGUUGUGACGAGUGAAGCAAUAUUGAAAUGUUAAACCAGGGUUACAGUCUGACCUUUUGUGAGGUUACAAACAGCUUUUUCCAAUGAUUUUACUAUGAUAGUUUAUUUUUUUCAUGCAAAAGAAAAAGGGGAAUGUAGAGUUUAUGAACAGAUUUCUGGUAUUUGUAAGAAGGUAUUUUGGAAGAUAUUAGAGAGACGUGUGGACUAGUGCAAGUAAGCAAUUGGUAACUAGUCAAAAAUUAACUUGCCCACUAUCAAAAUUUAAUCAGCAUUUACUUUAUUUUAGCUCUGUUUGCUCACUCUUCCAUUCCCACUCACCUUCCAUUUCUCCUCCAUUAGUAAUAGAAAUCAGCUAUAAUCUUUUUAAAAAACCUUUUCGCUGUAUUUAAAGAUGACGUCACCCAAGUGGAUUCUUUUUUAACAAAUUCUUCCCAUUAUGAGAGAGCCUAAGAAUGGUAUGAAACAAAUAAACCCAUCUUCAAAAAUCACGUGAAGAAUUCACAUUUCAAAGACCAGCGCAACUUUGUGGCUUUCAUCUGUGUCCGUGUUUGGCUUGCUGGGACCCUGCAAAAAUUGCUUUACAGCAUCAUUCUUAUCGGUUAUGUAUUUUAAAACAAGCUGCUAUAUCGUGCUAUAGCGAGAAAAGAAAUCUUUUGAUUUUAUGGGUUCCUAGUUAAGAAUGAGAAUAUAGUAGAGUUCAGGACAACAUUCUCUGGGAAGAUCCACUUAAGGAUGCACUUUGAAAGGGAGAUCGCUAGCUCCUAGUCUUGCUCAGUUCAAGACGUUCCUCAUUUUGAGAUGCUAUUCGAUGCAACUGAAAAUGAAGGAGGGGAGAGAAACACCACCAGUUAAAGGUGGAUCUGAAAAUGGGACGGGCAUCUUUUGGGGUUUGCUAGACUGAGGCAGCUGAAGAUACGAUGGGAAAAGCGAUAGAAACAUUUCCUAUACCUUGAAUUUUAUGGAGCUGUAUAAUGGCGAACCAAGUUCUAACUGAGGUUUAAGGCUUAUUUUAGGUACAUGGAUUCUUACAUUUUACCAUCAAUGGAUUUUAUCUUCAAACGUGACUUUUUGUUCAAUUUUGUAUAUUGGUGUGAAAUUAAAUAUCAUGCACUAAAUGUUUUGCCCUCGUUUGCUAUUAUGUAGCCAAGGUGUUCAUAGGCACCGUUCCGAAUAAUUUGCCCUCGUAAAUGGUGUGAGUCGGGGAAAAAUAGGUAUAUUUUUUUCUUGCUCAAUUUACGUAAGUAAAUUGUUUUCCAGUGUUAUAUUAAUUUAUUUCUGCCUCCUGUUUCUGCAUAACUGACGUAUUUGCUGUAUCCAUGUAGUUUCCAUUUGUGUUGCUAAUACCUAUAGUUUUAAUUUUAAAGACUCUGUACUUUCAUUUUUAAAAAAUGUAACCAACCCAAGCACUUUAAGCAAUAAUUUCAAUCGUGUGAAAAUUCAAUCAGUUUAACCCCUUGCCUCUAAAAUGGAGUUUGCAAAAAACAAAAAACAAAACGAAAAACCCAACAACAACAAAUAAAUAAAUAAAUGGAAAUUCUCUCUGUAGAGAACUAUGUCGGGUAAUGUUCUGUGUGAAGACUUCAAAAUACAGUGAUAUGAAAGGGACACGGUGACAUGGAAAACUUAUUCAUAAUUUGAUUUUGAAAUUAUUGGAAUUUGAAGAAAAGUUGGUUCCUUUUUAUUUCCCAGUAAUGGCUGUGUCCUUAUUAGAACGGAUACAUUUUUCCAAGAGAAAGCUGCUGCUUUUUCUUGUAAACACACAAAAAAAUCAACACUGAACCUGUAACCAAAGUCUAUGGAACAAUAUGUUGAGUUAAAAAAAUACAGAAAGAGUAGUCAAGAGGUGGCAAUUAAGAGACGAAAAUAACUGCACAGCUGGGAUCUACUUUGAAUUUUUUUUUUUUAAUGCAAAGUGAUUUUAUAAUGUAACUUUCUGAAAUGGAAUGGUACAUUUCUUUUGAAACUUGGCUUUUGGAAAUAAUUAUGUCCCAGGGGCUUAAUGCAUAAAGUUUAUGCUUUGGAUUAUUAUAUGGGACCAGAUCUUAUUAGAGAAUGUUUGGGUAUAUGGGAAUUCUCCAGUGGGUGUAUCAGAAGAAAAUUCCCCAGGUGUGUUUAUCAACGUUGGCCCUUUGCUCCACUUUGGCUCCAAAUUCUCCUGCAGGUUGAGGGCUAUUGGUUGUGCACUAUAAACUGAAGAAUCUCGAGAAAAGGAACCUUUUAUCGGAAAUCUUAUGUUGGAGAUACCAUCAGUGUUCUAAUGGUCUGUUACCUAUCCUUUGGUGCUAAGGAGUGUGCACUUUGUGUAGUCACCAACCUCAGGACAUAUACAUGUCUCAAGAAUAAAAUUCAUUGUAACCAUCUUUUCAGAGGCAACUAAGUAUUGUAGUGGAUAGAGGGCUGGUCCUGGAGUCAGGAAAAGCUGAGCUGAGAUCUAAUUUUUCUAGCUAAUGUGACCCUGGUCAAGUCAUUUAACUCCUGCCUCAGUUUCUUCAAUUAUAAAAUUGGAAUAAUCAUAAGAUGUUUGUGAGAAUUAAAUGAGAUAAUGUUUGUAAAGCACUUAGAACAGUAUCUGGCACAGAGUAGGUACCGAAUUAGUGUUUGUCCCUUCCGGUCCAGGUUAAGGGUUCUGCAGCGAUGAGGAAGAUUUGAGCCUUAAAUAUAGAGAGCCCCCUCCCACUCUAUCUUCAUCAAUGUGAUUUCAUUGUGGACGAUUGCUCUUGGAGCCCUCUACGAGAAAAUGAAAUAAACUCGCAUUUGACA